AUGACGACGAUAAAUGUGGAUAUUUCAAACAGUUUAAAAAAGAUUGAUCAAUGGGAUUGGCCACUUAAUAAGGAUGAUGGCAUGGUAAAAGUUGUCAACACCGAUGAAAAAUUUGAAGUGAUCCUUGAAGCUGUUUAUUUCCAACCGAAAGAGAUCGAAGUUAAAGUAAUUGGUGAUCGGUUAGUUGUCCGAUGUUUGCGAGAACCAAAAGAAGGACAAUUCGGUGAUAUUAGACGAGAAAUCAGCCGAAGCUACAAUCUUCCCCCAGACGUUGAAAUCCAAACAUUAAAAUCGAGACUCACAACCAAAGGCCAUCUUGUCAUCACUGCUGAUAAGAAAAAAUAA